UUCUCCACUCUGCUAAGUCGAUCGAGAUGGAGACGAAGAGGGUGGAGUGGUCCGAUCUUCCCAAGGAGCUAUGGCCGGCGAUCGGAAGCCGCGUCGACAACCGCAUCGACGUUCUCCGGUUCCGCAGCGUCUGCAAGACAUGGCGCUCCGCCGUCCCCCCUUUUCAGCAACCCAUUACUCCUCCCCUGCCCCUCAGCUUCUCUUCUCCUUCCGCCGCCCCUGAUGGUGGAGCUUUGCAGACUCAAUCUAAAGCUCUACUCUUUCAAAUCACAGUCUACCGCAUGGAAUUUCUAAAACCCAAUUCGUCAAAACCGUGGCUGGUGAAGUUUGAGGAGUCGAAUUCUGGUGAUCUGCGAUUGCUGCAUCCAAUCACUAAUAAGCCACUGAGGUACUACCCUGCAUCUAAUACUCCAAAGGAUUUCAAUUUGUUGGACUUUAAGAUUGUUGAAUUGCGAAAAUCGUAUAGUCUGCAAUUUAGGAAUAGUAUCAAUGUUGUUAUGGCUUGUGUGAACAAAGUGGUAGUCAUGGAUGCAAAAAACUUGAAUGACUGUGGUGUUUUUAUGAUUUACAAUGGCGGAAAGUUGGGUUUCGUGAGGUCUGGAGACGAGAAAUGGACCCAUGUGGAUGAACAAAACUCUCACUAUGAUGAUAUCAUUGUGUAUAAGGGUCAAUGCUAUGUUGUUGAUAGAUGCGGAACAAUUUCAUGGGUCAAUUCUGAUUUGAAUGUGAUCCAAUUUUCGCCUCCGUUAUUUGGGCUUGGUGGGAGGAAGCAUUUGGUUGAGUCGUGUGGCGAUCUUUUCGUGGUUGAUCGGUACCUUGACAAGUGUGACAUGGAAAGGUUGCCCGAGCACAAUGUCGAGGUUAAUAUUUUUGGUGCUAAUUUUCAAGCUCUUCCUCAUCCAUUUGAUGCUCCUCAUCAUCCUUUCGCCGCUCCUCCUAAUCCAUUCGUAGCUCCUCCUCAUCCACUUGCCGCUCCUUUUGAUGGUGAAGCUGUGGAUUUUAAAGUUUAUAAGUUGGAUCAAGAAUGGGGUAAGUGGGUUGAUGUGAAAAACUUGGGAGAUCAAGUGUUUAUUUUGAGCAAUGAUGGGUCUUUCGCUGUCUCGACUGGAGACUUUGGUAAAGUGAAGGGAAAUUGCAUUUUAUUCACCGAUCAAAAGCUUCCUCAUUUACAAGGAAUUGGAGGAUCCAAAACAAGGUGUAUUAGUCGUGUGUUCAUGAUGGAGAAUGGCAUCAUUCGGAACCUAGCUGCUUCACCCACCUAUUACGAGAUGCUCCAGCCACCAUCCAGUUGGCUCAGCCCUGCUCUUGAUGAUGUCUCUCGCCAUCGGCUUGCUGAUCGGUUAAUGGAAAUUGAUGACAGCGAAUGAAGACCCAUUUCUGCAUCUCUCGGAGAAGGCGGAAUAUCCAAUCUCUCACGAAGAGUGAUUUGUAUAUUAAACUAGUGUAAAAUUAUCGAAUCUAGUUUUUUUCGAACUGUAGGCGUGUGGUCUGUCGAUGUUAUUAUGGAUGUGUAUAUACGGCUUAUGCAAGCUGUUUCUCCGUAGAACUUGGAUCUUUUGAUGUUCUAAUUGGUAAUGUAAUGGGUUUCUUAGAUUUCAAAUGGAAUUGUCACUUGUUUC